AUGGCCGCUUCUAUGGAGCUUGAACGAGCACAAGCUUUAACCUUUCCAGAUCAUAAAAGUGCCAUAAAUGCAUAUAAGGACAUUGUGAAAAGAGAUGUACAAAGCACAGAUGAAGAAGGUAUAAAGUUGAAAGAACAAAGUAUUCUAGAAUUAGGAUCACUUUUACAGAAAGAGGGCCAUGCAGAAGAAUUAGGAUGGCUUGUCAAAGGAGUCCGUCCAUUUUUAAAGUCUAUAAGCAAAGCAAAAGCAGCAAAGCUUGUUCGAACUCUUGUCGACCUGUUUUUGGACAUGGAAGCCGGCACUGGAUUAGAGGUGCAAUUAUGUAAAGAAUGCAUUGAGUGGGCAAAAGAAGAGAAGAGGACAUUUUUAAGACAAGCACUCGAAGCAAGAUUGGUAGCUUUAUAUUUUGACACCGAGCAAUAUGAGGAUGCCUUGAAAUUAGGAUCGAUUCUACUUCGAGAACUAAAGAAAUUGGAUGAUAAACAACUCUUGGUGGAAGUACAACUAACAGAGUCGAGAACAUACCAUGCUCUUGGAAAUCUCCAGAAAGCCAGAGCCGCUCUCACAUCUGCCCGCACAACUGCAAAUUCCAUUUAUUGUCCACCUAAAAUGCAAGCAGCCCUCGACCUUCAAUCUGGUAUUUUACAUGCUGCAAGUGAAAAAGAUUGGAAAACAGCGUAUUCAUAUUUCUACGAAGCAUUUGAAGGAUACGACUCUAUUGAGAGCAAACGUGCAGUGUCAGCUUUAAAAUACAUGCUUCUUUGCAAGAUAAUGCUAAAAAGCCCUGAAGAUGUACAAUCGAUCAUCAGUGGGAAAUUGGCAUUGAAAUAUGCAGGAAGAGAGAUUGACGCCAUGAAAAGCAUUGCAAAAUCGAGUCAUGACCGAUCCAUCUCAGGAUUGAAAGCUUCUCUUAAUGAUUAUGAAAAAGAGUUGAAAGCCGAUCCAAUAAUCUGUGCUCAUCUUGAUAAAUUAUACGAUCAUUUGCUGGAACAAAAUCUUCUCAGAAUUAUCGAGCCUUUCUCUAGAGUGCAGGUUGCACACAUAGCAAGCAUCAUAAACAUCACACUGAGCAUAGUGGAAAAGAAAUUAUCACAAAUGAUUUUGGAUAAAAAGUUUCAUGGUAUCCUGUCACAAGGCGAAGGUGUCCUGAUUCUUUUUGACGAACCAGUUGUCGACAAAACUUAUGAAACCUCGCUGGAAGUGAUAAGCGGAAUGUCACUCGUCGUAGAUAGUCUCUAUCAAAAAGCAAAAAAGCUUACAUAAAGAAGAAAUGCAUAAAUAUUACAGAACUUUAGAAGUCCUCUGCAACUAUUCCUUCCUUUUAUUUUGAACUUUGAAUAUUAAGUCAAAAAUUCAGUACAUUUAAGGAUUACCUGAAUUGUAAUGUAACAUCAGCAAUCUGCCAAUUUUGUAGAAAUGAAGAAACAUUCUUGCAACCAAUUAUUUUCUAUUUUUACAAUUUUGGUGCGUUUCAUUUCGCUAGUUGAAAUUGCUGCUUUCACAUUAAUAUAGUGGGCAAGUAACAAAUCUCAUAGCCAAGUCUUAGGAAUAACGUAUAAGUUCUCUUAAAAAAGUUCAUAAAUUAAGCAAUGGAACAUUGUUUAUACCAUCGCUAUACUUUAUUAUGGUUCACCUAAGUAUCGCGAUUUUGUAAAUAACCUUCAAACAAACAAAAAAGUUCUUUUUGUAAAAAAAUUCCUUUGUGCUACCGUAUUUCUGAUUUUAAACGUAGUUUAAGAUGUUCUCAAUGCUAUCAAGUUCGAUCCAAAUGUACAGACUGGUUGUCCUGAAAUUUGUUUCAUACACGAAGGUCACUAGACAAGCGUAUUGUAUGAUGCCAUGCUAAUAAAGGAUUUUUCAAAUAUAA